UUGCCUGAAUAAAAGUGAUUUCCUUCUUCAGUUUUUGGUCGUUCCGUUGGUUUUACACUAAAUUUAAAGAAACAAAACUCAUGAUUCACUACGGGGCAGUACUUUAGAUCAACGACGUGUCCAUCUUCAUUUAACUUGAAACCACGCAAGCUUUAAAUUUUAAACGAUCGAAGAAUUUCUUCGGUAUAAUCUUCAUUUCCAACAAGAUAAGUGUAUAAAUUUGCAAAUGUAAAGUUAGGAAUCGAAGAGAAAUUGUGAGUCCAUCCUGUAAAGCUUCCAGGGUCAGGUAAACGACCACUGACAGCGUUCCAUUUAGAUUCGAUUGCUUUCUUCGUGUCCUCUACGUUUUCGACUAGCUUAGGUUGCUUCAUAUCUCGCGAUUGCAGCAUAAAUCAACGAGCUCUGCCUUCCUUUAUGCUUUCCGUUGUCGCUAAGCUGGAUACCUCUAUCUUGUGUAAAUAUUUCUUUAAUUCAGGGACUUUCAAUUUCGAGAAAUCGUUAUUUUCAUCAAUAUUUACAUCCACAACUCCAUCGACAGCAGCCAUCUUAGAAUCAAUGCACGGCGCCUCGUUCUGAUGCAAAAUUUAGGAACUAGUCCACUUGCAUCAAAAAAUUUGCAAGUCGGCUAUUGGUUACUAGUCACCUUCGAACGUCAAUCACCUCGAUCCUCACUUCGACCACAAAUACUCAGUCGAUCGAAAAUCGUUCUGUUUUCAUUUGGGAGUGUUGAGUUAUACUUUCUUUUCUUUCUAUUAGUCUCGUAUGUGAAGUGAAAUACAAUUGGAUCUGUAGGUAUCGUUUUACAGUCUACAUAUUGCGACCAUGGGAAAUGUUUUUAGUUCUCUGCGGCGCUUUGUUCGUUCAAGAUGGGAAAACGUAACUGGUGUGGUACAUGUUCAGCAUCACCAGACUGAGAGCAUCAACUCUGUAAACAACGAAAACGCAAUACAGGCUGAAAAUUACUCAGUCAACGACAAAAACUUCGAACAAGUUGAGAGAAAUGAGAGAGGAAGUCGAGGUGAGCCCUUGCACGAGACGACGAACGCUCCGAUAGCAUGCCAGAGCGCUAACAUAAACAUUUGCAGUGCACGAUUCGUAACCAUCGGUAACAACAGUACGAUCAACACGACGAGAACAGGACGAAAAGGGGAGGCUAUUACAGUGGUUUAUGCCAUUACAGAGCUAGGAGAGCAAACAUCGUGCCAAGUUAGCCCAACUGCAAACAAUAUCAAUAUCCUGGCGGAUAUGGUUGUUCUCGGAGAUGGAAACCAAAUUUACCUAUCGAACAUCAAUCGAAUGCUCCUCGUCGACCUGCAAAGAAACGUUAGUCAAGUGUUGCUAUUUCCCCGAGCAUAUGAAGUCCUUGAGUUACCGUCGCUCGGAGUUGACUCUCGGAGUCAAAGAUUGUUCCACAUCAUGGUUGAAAUAAUAAAUAUGCUGUAUCCUUUACGCGACAGAGGAAAAUGGCAGGAAUUUAAUUUUGCUUUGAAUUGGUUACGUUUAAAAUACGAACACUAUCCUGAGAUUCAAUGUUUUCUCUUGAUAGAAGAAAGUGUCCAGCUGACGUACCAAAAACAACUAAAGCGGGCGAAAAAAUUGGCAGGAAGCGCAUUAAACAUUAUUUGGAGUGAAUUCAGUGGAGCGUCACGAGAAGUUCUGAGAGUGCUUGCUUAUGCUGCUUACGCAAGCAUCUUUCGACGCCAGCCUCGUAAGAAACUGGGCAAGGCGUUUAAAUGCCUGGAGAAAGCAAAGGAAAGUGCUGUGAUGAUGGAAGGUGUAAAUUUGAUUAUACCUAGGUUUGCUCUCGCUAUUUUCAGUUAUGAACAAGGGCGCUACAAUAUGGAAUUUUCAAAACUGAAAUCUAAGUCUAUUCGGACAGAGGCACAAAAGUUUCUUAGCCUUUCCAUCGACCGCUUCAGAGACCUGUCGAGUGAAAAUUUGUACUCGGCGAGACAGUGCUUCGCGCUAAUCUAUCUUGCAAGAUUAGCCCUACCUUCAAGUAUGCCAACAUCUCACGAAGGUAAUCGCCAAAUCAUUCCCAAGAGGGAUUCUGCACGAGCUCGAAGGCUUCUUUGCGAAUUUGACAGAAGUACCCAGGUUCUCGAUAAAAUUCCUACGGCGGCAGAAAUAAAAAACGCACUAACAAAAUCGGAACUUUGCUUUCUUAAGAGGGACUACCCAGGGGCUAAGAAGUAUGGUUUCCAAGCCUUGGAUAUCGCAAAGGCAUCUGGAUUUGAGUUAGAAACGGAGCCUGCUCAAGAAAAUAUGAACCAUAUUUGUCACUACUCAGGCUACUGUGCUACUCAAACAACAUCAGAAAAGCGACAAGAUAAAACAACUUCAAGUGACAGCUACACGUGUAGUUCGUCCACAGAUUCUGAUCAAAGAGCAUCGUAAUUCGUGAGUACUCUUUAAGUUCAAAUCCAUGAUCAUUCUCUCCUCAGGCCAAAUGGCCGGUGAUUUGUUUGAAUGAUUGAGUUAUAGUCAACAAAAGCUUGUGAAAACUUUUUGUAACACUUAUGAUAUUGACUAAGGUGAGGUGUUCACCAAUUGAAAGCAAUUUUUCUAAUUUUGUAAUCUUGUAUUGUGGAACUGUAAGAAAACUUUAUUUGUUGCGAUAGGCUCUGUGCAGCCUUCUGUUUAAUGUACUUCAGGAUAUAUAGCAAAGUUUGUUUCUUUUCAAAUUGAAAAAAAGUUUUUAUCAUCUCUACUCUAUAAUUUUCUGUUUCCUUUUCUUAUAAAUAUUUUCAAUUACCUAUAUAAAAGCAUACCUCAAUAUCCCAAGUAUAUGACCUGCUUGAGAUGUUCUUCUGAGGUGGUUAAGAUCUACAUAAAAGCAGUGUCAUACUCUGAACUUUCAUGCAACGUGUCAGCAAAUUUUGGGAAGCGGUUAGAGCAGGCGUAGAACUGAUCAACUCUGUAAGAAAGAAUAUAAAUAAACGUGACCCAACAUACUUGUCUCGAAAUCAUUUUUAUCUGCGAAGGUUUUCAAGAAUC